CUCAUGGGACUCUUCUCUCCUGUAAGGCUGGGCUCAGGCUUGCUCUCUCCAAACCCCCAGUGUCCGGCACAGGGCCUAGUCACACUGUGAUGCUCAGUACAUAUUGAGUGAACAAAUAGAAGGCUGGAUGAGUGAGGGAAGGUCAAGAUGCCUGGAUGAUAAUAGUGGUAGUAAUUAUUACUACUGAGCAAGGGAUCUUAGUGUAUCAUCUCAUUUAAUCUCAUGAUGCAUCUGAGACAGAUACUUUCUUUAUCCCCAUUUUAUAAAUAAGCAAACCGAGACUUCAGAAAUUGUUAUUUGCCCACCCAGCUGAUGUCAUGGCACCCCCAGUACCGGAGCUCCAAGUUCCGCCACGUCUUUGGCAAACCAGCCAGCAAGGAGAACUGCUACGACUCCGUGCCCAUCACCCACAGCGUCCAAGACAAUCACUUCUGCGCUGUGAACCCCCACUUCAUCGCGGUCGUGACUGAGUGUACUGGCGGGGGUGCCUUCCUCGUCAUCCCCUUGCACCAGACAGGAAAGUUGGACCCCCACUACCCGAAGGUCUGCGGGCACAGAGGGAAUGUCUUAGAUGUCAAAUGGAACCCUUUCAAUGAUUUUGAGAUCGCCUCCUGUUCUGAAGAUGCCACGAUUAAACUCUGGGACAUCCCCAAGCAGCUGCUGACCAAGAACCUCACAGCCUUCAGGAAGGAGCUGGUGGGCCACGCCCGCAAAGUGGGCCUGGUGGAGUGGCACCCCACGGCUGCCAACAUCCUCUUCAGCUCUGGCUACGACUACAAGGUGAUGGUCUGGAACCUGGAUUCAAAGGAGACUGUAAUCAUGAGCCCCGUGAAGACAAUUAACUGUCACCAAGACGUGAUCCUCUCCAUGUCCUUCAACACCAACGGCAGCCUGCUGGCCACCGCCUGUAAAGACCGCAAGAUUCGGGUUCUAGACCCCCGAGCAGGGACUGUCCUCCAGGAAGCCAACUAUAAAGGGCACCGGGCCAGCAAAGUGCUAUUUCUGGGGAACUUGAAGAAGCUGCUGUCCACAGGCACAUCCCGAUGGAACAACCGGCAGAUGGCCCUUUGGGACCAGGAUGACCUGUCUGUGCCUGUCACAGAGGUGGACCUCGACGGCUCCUCCGGUGUGCUGUUUCCCUUCUACGACGCGGACACCAGCAUGCUCUACGUGGUGGGGAAGGGGGACAGGAACAUCCACUACUAUGAGAUCAGUGCCAACAAACCUCACUUGAACUACCUGACGGAAUACCACUCCUAUAAUCCACAGAAGGGGAUUGGUGUUAUGCCAAAGAGAGGUCUCGACGUGUCCUCCUGUGAGAUCUUCCGUUUCUACAAGUUGAUCACAACCAAAAGCCUCAUCGAGCCCGUAUCCAUGAUUGUACCCCGACGGUCAGAAUCCUACCAAGAGGACAUCUACCCGCCCACGGCCAGUGCCCAGCCCUCUCUGACAGCCCAGGAGUGGCUCAGUGGGAUGAAUAAAGAGCCCGUCCUGAUGUCCCUCAGGCCUGGGGCCGAGCCGCUGAGCCCGCAGCCUCUGCCCUCAGAGAGAACCCUGUCCGUGCCCACGGCCCCCACCUCGCCUCAUCUCCUCAACCAGACGGGAAGGCUGCUUGCAGAGGAUGGCCGGGGGCCCUUCUCCCUGCCAGAGGAGAAGGCGCCAAGGUGGGCGGCAGAACACAGGCUGGAGGAGAAGAAAACCUGGCUCACGGACGGCUUUGACAUCUUCGAGUGCCCCCCACCGAAGACAGAGAACGAGCUGCUGCAGAUGUUCUAUCGGCAACAAGACGAGAUCCGAAGGCUCCGGGAGCUGGUGACCCAGCGCGAGGUCCAGGCCAAACAGUUGGAACUGGAGAUCAGAAACUUGCGUAUGAGCUCACCAAGGCUCUGAGCAGAGUCCUCUGCCCUCCUCGCCCUCAGGGACACCAGUCGGCUCCAUGCGGAGGUCCAGAACCAAACCACAGGUCCUCCGGGAACAGCUACUGUUUCUAUAUUUUUUACCAGAAAUGAAACUCUUGGUCGCUGAAAGAUUCCAGUGGGACCUGCUGCCGAUUUUCCAAUUGCCUUCUUAAAACAAUGGUGUCUGAACUGACUCUUUUUACAUGAUACCUUGCCUUCAGUUGACUUGCUUUGAAGGGUCCAUGAUAACUUCUCAAGGGGAAAACAGUACUGUAGAAAGUUAGAGGUGGAAGGACCUAGGAGGUGAAGCUGCCUCUGGUUUUCAAGCUGUGGUUCAUAGCAAGGCAGGGUGGAGAAGGGGAAGCCAGGAGGGCUGUUUUGUUUUGUAAUAUUGGCUUCUAUGGAAUACAUAAUUCUCCUACUAAAAAUUAGAAGUUUGCGAAGAAGCGGCAUGGUCCAGCUUCUUUAUUUCAUAGAUGGGGAAACUGAGGCCCAGAGACAAGCAAGUAAUCAAGGCCCCCAGAGAGUACGUGGCUGGGCUGGGCUGAGCUCCUGGUCUCCUGGGUCUGUCUGCUGUUUGUGAGGCAGCACGUGUGCGGCUCCCAGCCCACGGGGCAGGAACCCAUCAGUUCUGGGCUCGUCUGUGCCCCUGACUUGCUCUGUGACCUCUCGGAAGUCAUUCACUCUCUGGCCUCACUUUCUCCAUCUGAGCAAGGAGGCCCCUGGAAUGUGCUGUCCUUUAGAGGAUCUGCAACCUGAAAUGAAAAAUCCUUGGCCUUGACCUGAGGAAAGCUACUUUGCAGGGUGAUGAUCUGGGUUUGCUGCAGGAACUCAGAAAGAUAUUCACAAAGGGGCAGAGGAAGUUUAACUUCCAGGAAAUAAGUCAAAGUUCCGCCUAAUUGUGGAACACAGAAACAAGGCCAUCCUCUCUCCCUUCAACUGGAAUCGGCCAAGUAUGUGUGGACACUGUCCCUUAGGUGGGGAUGCAGACAGCAGAGUGGGGCCCGUGACCACUGACUGCCACCACCAAGGCCCUGAGGUCAUAGAGCCUGCCUCCUCCAGGAUGAUGUCGGCAGGUUUCAGCCCAAGGUUACAGGAGAGGUCCCCAGGAGGUGGGGAGCCCCAGCCCUGGAAGUGUGGCACCCACCCAGGAGGGCUUCUGGAGAGGGAUGCCUGUAGUGGGCAAGGAACUGGGACCAGAUGACCCUGACUUCCCUUCCAGACUGACAGUUUCCUGUGUCUCUCUAUUGUGUAUGCUGAGCCCUUUCUCUAAGGCGCUCUCUCCCUCAGUGGUCAGUACAGCAACCCAGCUAGAGACAGGGAAUGCUGGGAGUUAAAUGUGCCCCUCCUUACCAAGGCUGUGCCAGCCGUGAGACUUGCCCAAAGCACAGGGUGAUCCUGGAACUAAGAUGGGAACUGCAGGAGGGCCACUCGGGCCUGAUGUUUCAACCCAGGCUGUACGUUCGAAUUCCUUUGGGAGCCUUCAGGAACCACAGAGAUAUAGGCCCAACCCCAGACCACUGAUGCCGAAUCUCCAGAGUAGGGCCUGGUCUGGUACAUGUUUUUUAAGUUCCCAGAUGAUUCUGCAGCACAGUCAGGACAGAGACCCAGUGGACUGGCCCAUGUGUACCUAUUUUCAGUGAAGAUGGGGAUCGUGAGCACCAGACAGGAUCUGGGACUCCAACCCAUCUUCUAAGUCCAGGCUGAAAGCUCCUAAAACGCAGGAAACAUCAUCCUGGGGGUCUCUGGGACCCCCGACUGCAACACAGUGAGGGCUCUGCGCCCCUGAUGGCCCCUCCCCUUGCCGUGGCUGAGUCCCCUCAUUUGCCCACACACGCCAGAUAUGCCCACGUUCCCCGUCGUGUUUACUAAGUUGCUGGGUCCUGCCAAGCUUGCCAAAGGCCAAAUCUCAGGCACUGUUGGGGAAGCAGGGCUCCACUGAAUGGGGUUACCUCCCCCCACCUCGUCUGUGACCAGCACUUCACAGUUUACAAAGCUCUCACCCCCACUCACUGACGCGCCCUCCUCCAAUACAGGUGAGCUAGGCGUUGUUAUCCCCAAGUUCAAAAGGAAAUACCUACUCUCAGAGAAUGAAGAAUCGUCAAGCCCAAAGGCACAAGCGGAAAGGCUGGGAGGUGAGGUCCUGUCUGGGGAGCUGCCCACAUGCCGCCUCCACACGGAGCCUUUCCUUCCUGCUCACGCUCUCCUCACCCCUAAGGGACCCGUACCUCGUGCUUAAAAACAAUGCGAAGGCAUCCAUGAACAAACUGCUUUCCUUUCUUUUUUUUACAUCUACAAUAAAUUAUUUAAAUUAUUUCACAGCAAGGGAGAGGGAUAGGUAAUUUUUAUCAGAUAUUUUUUUAAGUCAUUUUUUAAAAAUUGUUUUAGUUGUUGGUUGAUGAAGUAGGACUUGCCCAGCAUUUGCAGGGCCCUCAGGCUCAGGACAAGCGGACUGUGUUCUCAUCUCCUUACUCCACACCCUGAGGACCCCCCGACUGUUGACUCAGGAACUUUCUGAGAGUGAAGACAGCACUGGGAGAUGAGCUCUGGCAUCUAUCUACAAUCACUGAGAUUGUAUCAUAGACGGAAGCAGGAAGUCAGAAAUCGAGCUAUGCUUUUAAUACGAAACCGUGCCUGAAACCCUUUGAUUGUUUUAAUGUUGUUUCUGAAACUCCUUGUACCUUUAUAAAAAAAUAACUAAAAGUGAAGAUAAAUAGAUGUGGAAUUGUGCAAUGGAAAGAAGUUAACAAAAUAAUAAACAUCUGCCUAGACAUUUUAA